GACGCUGUUGUUGACUGUAGCAUUUUUGUCGACGACUACCGACCUAACCACCAACAACCAAACCCCGAAACCUCGACAUAAUAUCGUCACCCUCACAUAAUCGCAACCAUGUCGUUCUUCGGUACACCAAGCUCCAGCGCGGCCUCGGGCCAACCAGCAACAACUGCCACAUCCGGUGGUAUUUUCGGAGCCUCAUCCUUCGGCACCCCAGCAGCGAGCUCGACACAGCCGGCCGGUGGCUUGUUUGGUGCUAAGACUACAGAUGCGCCAAAACCUGGAGGACUAUUCGGAGCCAAUACCACCUCGACUACACCUUCACUUUUCGGCGCUGCUUCCAACCCUGCUGGAGGCAGCACGACGGCUCCCGCGGGCUUGUUUGGAAACACCACUGCCAACACAUCCACAACCCCCGCUGCUGGUGGUUCGAACCUGUUCGGCGGCGGAGCCAGCACCACACCCGCAACAGGGGCUCCUUCGGGAGGUCUGUUUGGAAACAAUGCUUCUUCUUCGGCUACCGGUGGUCUCUUCGGAGCUGGCGCCAACAGUCAGGCGACGCCGGCCAAGACCUCGUUUGGAAUAGGAUCGACUACCCCCGCCGGCGCACCACCUGCUGCUGAUGCCUCCAAGGCCGCGCCCUCUCUCUUCGGUGCUACCACGCCUGCGUCCGGCAACCUCUUUGGAGGAGGAGCCUCGAGUACCCCGACCACAACCGCUGCCCCUACCUCGGGAACAACACCAUCUCUCUUCGGAGCGAAGCCAGCUGAGACCACUACCUCUGGCACCACUUCUGGUCUCUUUGGCGCCAAGCCAGCUGAGACUACAUCUAGCACAACUCCCGCGACAACAGCCACUCCCGGAUCUACUCUCUUCGGCGCGAAGCCUGCGACCAGCGGCGGCAGCCUGUUUGGCGCAGCCUCAACAACCCCGGCUACGACAUCGACCACGACCACCACAGCACCAGCAACUUCCGGCCUCUUUGGUGCCAACACAAGCAAGCCGGCCGAAGCAGCGAAGCCAGCUACGGGUGGUCUGUUUGGCGCAACUCCCUCUACCUCAGCUCCUACCACCUCUACCACCACUGCUGCCUCCGGCGGCCUGUUCGGUGCCAACAAAGAUGCUACCACUACCACUACUGCCCCAGCCUCAGGAAGCCUGUUCGGGUCGACUACGCCUGCGAUGACCACAACUACGGCGCCCGCUACUUCGUCUUCGACUACUACUAGCGGCCUCUUCGGUGCGGCCGCCAGCAAGCCCGCCACCACCACAGCGGCUACCACUACUGCCAGUGGGAGCACCACCGCCACUGCUGGAACCACCAGCAGUCUUUUUGGAGGAGGAGCCAAGCCUGCGGACACCACUACCUCGACAACCGCCAACAACACCACUACCGCCGCCGGCACCAGCAGCAGCACCGGCAACCUCGCCUCCACAACCACCGGCCCUACCUCUACUCUCCCGCGGUUGAAGAACAAGACGAUGGACGAGAUCAUCACCCGCUGGGCCACCGACCUCUCCAAGUACCAGAAGGAAUUCAAGUCGCAAGCCGCCAAGGUCGCCGAAUGGGACCGCCUCCUGGUCGAGAACGGCGAGAAGAUCCAGAAGCUGUACACCAGCACGUACGAAGCCGAGAAGGCCAGCAACGAGAUCGAGCGCCAGCUUUCGGGCGUCGAGUCGCAGCAGGACGAGCUGACCGCGUGGCUGGACCAGUACGAGGCGCAGCUGGAGGAGCUGUUCAAGAAGCAGCAGCUUGGGUCCGGCUCCAGCGGCGAGCAAAAGGCUGCCGGCGGCGGUAACGACGGGUUGGGUCCCGAUCAGGAGCGCGAGAGGACGUAUAAGCUUGCGGAGAAGCUGACGGAUAGGCUGGAUGAGAUGGGCAAGGAUUUGGCCAAGAUGAUUAAGGAGAUUAACGAUAUGAGUGGCUCGUUGAGCAAGGGGAGCAAGCCUGAUGAUCCGCUCAGCCAAAUCGUCCGUGUCCUCAACGGUCACCUCACCCAGCUCCAAUGGAUCGACCAGAACGCCGCCGCUCUCCAAGCCAAGGUGGUCGCUGCCCAAAAGGCUACCAGCGGCAUGGGUGCCCACAAUGGUGUCAACGAGUCGGAUGCUGCUCAGAGCUUUUACCGCUCGUACAGGGGCGGUGGUGCUUACAGGUGAAGGAAGGGCUUUUAGUGUAAACCAUGAAGAGAAGAAGAAAGAGGAACUAGAAGGCGGCGAAAUGUGUUUUGAUUACUACCCAACUGCUGAAGUUUGCUUGAGAGAAAGUUCACAUGGGAUGGGGUGGGGGGUUCUUGUGUUGUAUGAACAUGUUUAGUAUGUCUGGCAGAUGUGGCUGGCUGGGUGAUUGGUUGGUUGGCUGGUUGAGAGAA